AUCGCAACGUCAGCAAUGGCUGCGCUGAAGAUUGCCUGUUCCAGUCCCAUCUGACGCCGUACGAACCGUACUGUAGGGGAUAUCCUAUUUGAUAUUCUUAGCAGUGAGCCUCGUACUGUGCCCAACAAGGUAACGGAACCGCAAGACACACUCAGCGAUGUAUUCCAGCAACAACGUCAGCGAUCCACGUCGCACGGACAGGAUUAACAGGUAUAAGGCACCUUCAGCUGGCACCCCAGGAGAUGACCCCACACCAGAUUACAUGAACGUCCUCUCCAUGAUAUUCAGCAUGUGCGGUCUCAUGCUGAAGCUCAAGUGGUGUGCCUGGGUCGCCCUCUAUUGUUCCAGCAUCAGCUUCGCCAAUUCGAGGAUAAACGAUGACACCAAGCAGAUACUGAGCAGCUUCAUGCUGUCAAUUUCUGCCGUGGUCAUGACGUACUUGCAAAACCCUCAGCCCAUGACACUGCCGUGGUCGUCGUGACAACAUUGCCAGCCCCACCUGCACUCACAGUCUUUUUGACUGCCCAGUCAAGGAGAAGCCACCGUGCCAGCCGAAGCAGCUGUGCCAACAGGACUGGCGACCCUCGGAUACAGCUUGAAUGGCCUGGAAAACCGGUCUAGCCAAAGAGGCCUUCCACGCUCCAACACUUCAGGGUUUCAAAUUGAGAAAGUGCCAACGAGUUUGCACGAAGACGGGCGUCUUGCCACUUCCAUUUGUUUUGGUGUAGAGGUGAAAGAAAAAGGAAAAAUAAGAACAGUCACAUUGCAUCGA